AUGUUCAUAUUUUCAAAAACCAGUCUUGUAACGAUAAGUUUGUUGGUUGAGGUUGCUCUUUCAGCUUUUUGGCCAUCGAUGGGUAGAAUAUACAGCAGCGAAAUUCUUUCAAAUAUUCAAUUUAAUGACGAAGCGAAAUAUGUGAAGAUGUGUGGUAUCAAAUGUGAAGAAUCAAAAAAAUCAUGUACAGCAUUUCAGGUUGAUCUGAUAAAAGAUGCAGUUUGUUAUCAUUUCAACUAUCUGCCUGACCUAAUCUUUAAGAAAUCCAAUCCGAACUGUUCAGUAUAUGCGGUUUCAACCCUUUCAAAGUUCGUUUUUCUUAAUGUUUCUUCAUGGGGUUUUACUGAUUUGCAAUGUCUACCGGAAUGCCAUUGUCCUGUGAACAGUACAAGAGCGCUGAUCUUGUACAAAUUAGAAUUACUGAACAACACUGCGCAUGAUGUCCAGCAGUUUGACACUUACGCUGAUACAAAAGAGGCUAUAAGAAUGACAAAUUAUUUAAUGAACACUGCGAACGGAACCAUAGUUGUGGGGAGAUCAUGCGACGAGAUAAGCACUAGAAUGGCUCCGGCACUACCUUACUUGGCCAGCGUGAAUUUGAACUUAACUAAUUUGCAGUACAGAGGCAAGUGGCUGUUCGUCUGGCAGCAAGGGGCCUACGGUAAAGCCCUCUCUUUUGUGGACAAUACGAACCUACUGACAACAGAUUGCCCUGGACAGGAGUUGAAAUAA